AUGCCCUUCUCUCUCCUUCUUUCGCCCUGGCGCUGGCGCUGGCACUGGCUCCGGCUCCGGCUCUGGCUCCGGCCUCUGCGUGUGAAUGUGUCCCGUCCGUCGUCGCCCACUCCACUCGGCGGCAGUGAUGGCCUUCGUAUCUGGCACGCCUCGGACGGCCGGUGCUGGGUCUCAUUUGCUGCCCUCUCGUUUCGUCAGGCCUCAAUGCGCGUGCCCAAGACAGGGCUGGCGAGCGGCGGCGAGGGCGGCGAGGGCGGCGUUUGCAGCGAGCAGCAUGGAGCAUAUAGCAGGGGUGCUGGCUGUGCUGCUCCUCUUUUUUUGCUCUCUCACACAGUCACGGCCACGAUCGUCGACAAAGAUGGCAGCAUCCGGGGCGUGUUUCCUGCAGCGCUGCCCUCUGCUGGCCAAGGCAGCGAAUCAAGGCGACACACAAGCGGUGAACAGCCUCAGGGAUUCGCGCAGACGGUUCGGGUUCGGACGAGGUCAAGCGCCAUGACAUGGAAGAUCUGCAGCAUGCUCGCCCUGCUCCGGCUAUCUCUGACGCCAGACGCGUCGCUACCGAAGCCUUGCGAACGGCUGACUUCAUUGUAG